AUGGGUGAAGAAUGCAGACAUAAUUUUAAUCAUCUCACUAUUGACACCGAACAUCUCCAGGGUCUGCAAAACAGAACGAAGAAACCGACGUUCACAUCUUGUUCCGAUAUCCUAGCUGCAAAUGACUUUUUUUCUGUUUUUGAUGAGAUUUUGCUUCAUGAUUCGCUAUGCGGAAACAAUAAUUCAGGCUCAUCAUCCUGUCAUCCAGGAAACUGUUGUUUAUGCAACCGAUCACCAUCAAAUUUUCUUGAUUCCUCGGACGCGAUUUUACCAAUCAUUUCUUCCAACACCACUGACCUGUUGUAUCAGAACUUCGAGAAAACUAAUUCUGGAGCAGAUCUAGAUGAAAACAGUGACUGCAGCGAGAAUAGUCGACAUGAUGGCGCAGAACAUGGCGAAAAAUUAAGGGUGUCAUCUAACUGUCGUCGAGUUGGCAAUGCAUUGCGGAAGAAAUCUCAAAUUUACCUAAAGUAUUUACCAACCCGUAAAACCCUGAGAAAAUUGCAACGGAUCGAAGGUAAAGGCAUUGUUCGAAAAGGUGCACUGAGGCAAAAGAAUGUUCAUGAAGUCAAAGCCCAUAAAUUUGUUGCACGAUUUUUCAAACAGCCAACGUUUUGUUCACAUUGCAAGGAAUUUCUUUGGGGUCUUAACAAGCAGGGCUUCCAGUGUCAAGUAUGCGCACUUGUAGUACAUAAAAGAUGUCAUCAGUUUGUCAAUUUUCAAUGUCCUGGUGCUGACAAAGGUGUUGAUACCGACGAUCCACGACAGAAGCAUAAAUGGAAGGUGCAUUCAUAUUCGUCUCCAACUUUUUGUGAUCAUUGUGGAUCUCUGCUUUAUGGAAUCGUUCAUCAGGGUAAAAAAUGUCAAUCUUGCAAUGUGAAUGUGCAUCAUAAAUGUGUUAAAUAUGUGCCUGAUAUGUGCGGGACAGAUUACAUCGAAAGACGCGGUAGAAUAUAUCUUUCAAUUCGAGUUGAAAAUGAUCUUCUGCAAGUUAAAGUGUGUGAGGCACGUAAUUUAAUACCUAUGGAUCCAAAUGGCCUUUCCGAUCCUUACUGCAAGUUGAAAUUGAUACCCGAUGACAAUUCUUCAAAAUCCAAGAAGAAAAGUAAAACAAUCAGAUCUACCUUGAAUCCUGUGUGGAACGAAUGUUUUGAAUACAAAUUGGAAACAACAGAUGCGGACAAAAGGUUAUCUGUGGAAGUUUGGGAUUGGGAUCGUACUUCCAGGAACGAUUUCAUGGGUUCCCUAUCAUUUGGCAUCAGUGAGCUGAUGAAGGAAUCCGUUAAGGGAUGGUACAAACUACUUAGCGCAGAAGAAGGAGAAUUCUACAGCAUAAAAGUUACCCCUGAAUCUGUGACUGAAAUUGAGAAAAUCAAGAAUAAAAUUGAUGGAAUAGAGAUAUAUCAGGAAAAGCAAUCGCCAGUGCGAUCUGAACCUCAAUUAAAACGACCACAACAAAAUGAUGUCAAAGUUACUGAUUUUAAUUUUCUAUCUGUGCUUGGAAAAGGAUCCUUCGGAAAGGUAUUGCUUGGUGAGCAUAAGGACAGCAAAGAACUGUUUGCAGUGAAGAUACUAAAAAAGGAUGUUAUUGUUCAGGACGACGAUGUGGGAUGUACAAUGAUCGAAAAGCGGGUUCUAUCACUUUAUGACAAGCCACCUUUUCUCGUUGCUCUUCAUUCCUGUUUUCAAACUUCGGAUCGUUUAUAUUUUGUAAUGGAAUUCGUAAGUGGUGGUGAUCUCAUGUAUCAAAUACAACAAGUGGGGAAAUUCAAAGAGCCAGUAGCUGCAUUUUAUGCUGCUGAAAUAGCAAUUGGUUUAUUCUUUCUUCAUUCCCAAGGCAUUAUUUAUCGUGAUCUCAAGCUUGAUAACGUUAUGUUGGAUAUAAGCGGACAUAUUAAAAUUACGGAUUUUGGUAUGUGUAAAGAAAACAUCAUUGGUAAUGCAAGGACAAAAACGUUUUGUGGUACACCCGACUAUAUUGCUCCGGAAAUAAUAUUGUAUCAACCAUAUAAUAAGUCGGUUGACUGGUGGGCAUAUGGAGUAUUGCUGUUUGAAAUGCUUGCGGGCCAACCGCCUUUCGACGGCGAAGACGAAGAUGAAUUAUUCGCAGCAAUAACGGACCACAGCGUAUCAUACCCGAAGUCAAUGUCUAAAGAAGCAGUAUCUAUUUGUAAGGCACUGCUACAGAAAAGUCCUCAGAAGCGGCUGGGUUGUGGGCAGAUGGCAGUUAGAGAUAUUAAGGAGCAUCCGUUUUUUCGACGAAUUGAUUGGUAUAAAAUCGAAAGGCAACAGGUUCAACCACCUUUUAAACCAAAGUUGAAGAGUCCUGAAUCAACGGAGAAUUUCGAUUCACAGUUCAGAAAACUAUCAGUGAAAAUGAGUGCUUGCGAUAUUGACAUUUUGCGUAAUCUUGAAGGCUAUGAAUUCCCUGAUUUUGAUUACGUUAAUCCAUACUGGCCAACUUGGAAUGCUCAUAAUGAAUUGGUGUAG